AAACUGAAGCUAUACGUACAAAAGCAUAGCCAGCUAGCUACGGCCUACACAUACGCAGGCACAAAGAAAUCAUUUAGACACCAAACCCAGAAUGGAGACGCCCAAGCUGGCCAUUUUGCUCGCCCUAGCCAUGGCAGCCGCCAUGGUUAAUCUUUCCCAAGCGCAAAACUCACCUCAGGACUACCUUUCACCCCACAACGCCGCCCGCGCUGCCGUCGGCGUGGGCGCAGUGAGCUGGAGCACGAAGCUGCAGGCGUACGCCCAGAGCUACGCCAACCAGAGGAUCGGCGACUGCAAGCUCCAGCACUCCGGCGGGCCCUACGGGGAGAACAUCUUCUGGGGGUCGGCCGGCGCGGACUGGAAGGCGGCGGACGCGGUGAAGCUGUGGGUGGACGAGAAGAAGGAUUACGACUACGGGUCCAACACCUGUGCAGGGGGGAAGGUGUGCGGGCACUACACGCAGGUGGUGUGGCGCGCGUCGACCAGCAUCGGCUGCGCUCGCGUCGUCUGCAACAACAACGGCGGCGUCUUCAUCACCUGCAACUACGAGCCCGCCGGGAAUGUUGUUGGACAGAAACCAUACUAAACUGUGAUUGCUUUUCGCAGUACAUAUAUUCAUGCACGCUCGUAUCUAUAAUUAGCUAGAGGGGCUGGGCGAGUAAAUAAAAGGAAUGCUGUAAUAAGCUAUGUAUUCUCCUCUCCAUCAUGGACUGUAAUAAAUAAUGAGCUUUUUUACUGUA